AUGGUGAGCAGGGUGUCUGGUAUGAUCAGAGACUCAGAAUCGAGAAUCCUAGAGAAGGUAGAUCAUACUGAUCAGACAGCAGAGUUGAGGAUAAAUUCUUUCAAUUUAAAAUAUGUGGGAGCUGUGAAAGAGUUAACGAAUGUUCAGAAGGAACGACACACACUGUUCAUUAUGGAUGUGAAGAAGUUGAGAGAAGAUGUUAUUUUGAAGCUUCAAGAGCUUCGUGAUGACAUGGUUCGUGAAGUCGCAGUUGUUCAGAAUGAUUAUGCCACUCUAUAUAAGGAAGUUGAUAUUAUUUGUGAUGCUGUCACGAAAUAUGUUACGUUGUACGAAACCUUGAGUCCUCAAAUUACUCAACUUUCUACAAUUGACAAUCAACAGUUUGGGGAGUCUCGGACUGUAGCUCGCACCGCAUAUGGCUCCCUUUGCACCACAACUCGCAUCCACAGUCAGCCUAGUCUCCAUCCACAACUCAUCAACAACCUCAUCCGCCUCACCCCUUCUCAUCCAAUUUCUUCAACCCUUUUUUAA